AUGAUUCAUGGAACAUGUGGUAGAGCUUUCUCAAAAUCUCCCUGCAUGAAAGAUGGGUACUGCACCAAAUAUUAUCCCAAAACAUUCAGUAGCACCACAGUUAUCGAUGAUAGUGGAUACCCAUCAUAUAGAAUACGAGACGCAGGAGAUAGGAAUCAGUACUGCAACAAGUCAAAUGCUAUAAAAUAUUUGUUCAAGUACGUGAAUAAAGGUCUAGAUAGGGUAGCAAUUGGAGUUUCAAAGGAAGCUUCCAGUGGAGAGGAUGCUCAGGUUAUUGAUGAGAUUAAACAAUUUUAUGAUUGCAGGUAUUUGUCUGCAUGUGAGGCUAUCUGGAGAACUUUGACUUAUGAUAUUCAUCAGAGGUGGCCUUCAGUGAUGAGAUUAACCUUUCAUUUGCCUAGAGAGCAAAAUAUCAUCUUUAAAUAUGAUGACGAUCUUGAGGAAAUUGUGAAAGAAGAGAAAGGAAAACAUACGACAUUCUUAGCAUGGAUGGAGGCCAACAAAAAAUUUGAAGCAAGUCAAGCUUUGACGUAUGCUGAAUUUCCAAAUCAAUUUGUUUAUGAUAGAGAAGCAAGGGAAUGGCAUCCACGCAAAAGAGGGUAUUCUAUCGGGAGGUUAAACUAUGUUCCAUCGGGUACAGGUGAUAUAUACUAUAUGAGAAUUUUGUUAGCUAUUCAGAGAAGUUGCACAAUAUAUGAAUCUAUUACUAUUAGGACAGUUAAUGGAAUUACAUAUUCUAGCUUCCAAUAUGCUUGCUAUUUCAUGGGACUACUGUGUGAUGAUAGGAAAUUUAUUACAGUUAUUAAUGAGGUAGUUGAACUUGCAUCUGGUCAUCAAUUGAGAAAACUAUUUGCGAUGCUACUAAUAUCUAAUAGCAUUAGCAAACCAGAACGUGUUUGGAAUGCAAAGUGGACAUUAUUAGAUGGAAUACUAUAUGAGAGGAGAAAAGCAUUGAAAAAUUAA